AUGUCGCUCUUGGCUGCUACCUUUCGUCGAGUUUCUAUCUCGAGUAGGAUUUCGGGCUCCUUGCAAAUAAAAACAUGGUUCCGCCGACAGCUCUUCAAAGCUUCUCGACCCGCGACGUCGGCUCUACCAGCUUCACCCUCGCCGCAUUCCCAGCAGUACACUACGACUUCGCACGACCCUGACAUCAUUCGCAACUGCAAUGCAGAGAAAUUUUGCCAAUACACCUCGGGUCGAUGGCUCUGGGAUGAGCAGUGUCAGCUUGCUCGCCGUCACGUGAAGUUCAACCUGCCUGGACUUCUCCAGGUCUCAGCGCAAGCGAUUGGAGCUCGCUCUUGCGUCAAGAUUGAAAAAUUGCCUGAAGGGAACUUUAGCAAAGUCUUCCUGAUUUCCAUGGACGACGGCCGAGAAUUAAUCGCUAAACUCCCGAACCCGAAUGCGGGACGGCCGCACCUUACGACAGCCAGCGAAGCCGCCACAAUGGACUACGUUCGAAACGUUCUUGGCAUCCCGGCUCCGCGGGUAUAUGGCUGGAGCUGCUCGACAGACAACCCCGUUGGAGCAGAGUACAUCCUGAUGGAACGCAGUGGAGGGGUGGAAUUGGGCAAGGUAUGGGAUGACAUGGCGUGGGAGGAAAGACUAGAGAUCGUCAGGACCUUGGUUGGUUUCGAGAAGGCUUUCGUGUCUGCUAGUUUUCCUAUGUACGGGAGCUUGUACUAUGCCAAGGACCUGCCUAGCCCGAGCCCACGUCAGUUUCUCAACUCCGCCAGCUUAAGUGGCGAGCGCGAAGCCUUUGUAGUCGGUCCAACAACGAACAGGGCAUUCUUCGAUCAAGGAAGAGAUUCUGUCGAGGUAAAUCGAGGCCCUUGGCCUUCAAUCAACGACCUUGUUCAUUCCCGCGCCGAACGGGAGCUUACCUGCAUCGAAAAGCUUUCUUCCUAUCCUGGUCAACAAGGGCUAUUUAGCGGUCCCACCCAAUAUCGUCCAACCAAAGCACUAAAACUUGAAGCCCUCCGGAAUUAUCUAAAGGUAGCAACCCAGAUUCUGCCCAACGAUGUCAGCCUCUCAAAGCCGACUUUAUGGCACUCCGAUUUACAUACCGACAACAUAUUCGUCGACCCUUCCCAACCGACAAGAAUUCUCAACAUCAUCGACUGGCAAGCGGUCAAUAUAUUCCCACUCUUCCUCCAAGCACGCCAUCCUUCACUCAUCGAGUUUGAGGGGCCACUUCCAGAAGGUUUAAAGCCCCCAACACUACCCGAUAAUUUUGAUGAUAUGGGCGAGGAGGAACAACACCAAGCCAAGAGUCUCCGGGCUGCUCAGUCUCUCUAUAAACUCUACGAAAUCCUUAUGCUCCGUCAAUGCCCGGAGAUUGCCCGUGCGCUGCACUUUCGAGAGACUCUACCUGGUCAAAUUACUGGAUUGGCAAGCUCAAUUUUCAGUGAUGGAGAACCGAUCCUCUUGGGUAUGCUCAUUCGACUUCAGGAUGAGUGGGCUACACAUGUUGGGUCUUAUAUAGCGUGCCCCCUCUCAUUCACACCCGAGGAUAAGGCGCAGCAGCAACGUCUCGAGGCGAGUUGGAGCGAAGGCGUCGAGCUGAUGCAUGAGGUUUUGACAGAGAUCGGCGCAUACCAGGGGUGGGAUGGCUGGGUCAAUCAUAACAACUACCCCAUAUACAAAGAGCGGUUAGCACGGUAUCGGGAGAACUUUCUCAAUCGCUACGCGAAGACCGAAGAGGAGAGGAGCCAAUGGAUGCAAGCCUGGCCGUUUCAAGACAAAACAAAUACGCCAGCCUCUUCAUGA